CUCGCGAUUGCUGUGCUGUAUGAACUUUGUCGGAUGCAAAAGCUCUCCCGGACAGAUCUUGCUAGCUUCGACCAAGAGGCGAUCUGGUUCCUGAUGCGCUAUGUCGAAUUCGGUCGCGACGAGGAAGACCCUUUCUCAUACAAAUGCAUCAAGCUGCUCGUCGCUCUCAAUGAACAGUACAUGGUCUCUUCUCUUCCACAGACACAACAGCCAUUUCCCCGAUCGCCGUCAAACACGUCGCUGGCUCUGGCCGAUAAUGCAUCUCAAGACCCACAAGAGAAUUGCAUCAUCAAGGUCCUUUCUAUGCAUGGCCCGCGUUUCAAGUGCUUUGGCGAGAAUCUUAUCCGUCUUUUGAACAGAGAGCGCGAUCCAUCUGUUCAGUUAUUGAUCCUCAAGGUGCUCUUUCUUUUGUUCACCAACGAGGCCACAUAUGAAUAUUUCUUUACCAACGACCUGCAUGUACUGGUUGAUGUCUUUAUCAGAGAACUGUAUGACUUACCACUUGAGUCAGAAGCCCUGCGACAUACUUACCUCCGAGUGCUGCACCCACUGUUAAUUAAUUCACAACUUUGUGAGCCACCGCACUAUAAGGCCACGGAGCUCGUCAAGCUAUUGACAUCACUCAACGUCGAAUGCAGUCAUUUCGGACCUGUUGGAGCAACAACUGUACGAUUGCUAGCAAGAUGUCUG